UCUCUCUCUCCCUCUCUCUCUCUCACUCCUCCCUUCCACACACAGGAAAAAAAGGAAAAACCCUGCGCGAGGCGGCCACCGGAGCGCGAGGUGUAUUCGUGCCCGUGUCCGUGUCUCCAGUCAACAUGGCCACAGUUGUAACCUGCACCCGCUUCACUGACGAAUAUCAGCUGUACGAGGAACUCGGAAAGGGCGCCUUCUCUGUCGUGCGUCGAUGCGUCAAGAAGUCCACCGGCCAGGAGUAUGCUGCGAAGAUUAUUAACACAAAAAAGCUCUCAGCCCGAGAUCACCAGAAAUUGGAGCGCGAGGCGAGAAUCUGCCGUCUGCUGAAACAUCCAAAUAUAGUAAGACUCCAUGACAGCAUCUCAGAGGAAGGCUUCCAUUACCUCGUCUUUGACCUUGUCACUGGAGGAGAGCUGUUUGAGGACAUUGUUGCGAGGGAGUAUUACAGCGAGGCAGAUGCCAGCCACUGCAUCAAUCAGAUCCUGGAGAGCGUCAGUCACAUCCACCAGCAUGACAUUGUGCACAGGGACCUCAAGCCGGAGAACCUGCUGCUGGCCAGUAAGAUGAAGGGAGCAGCGGUGAAGCUUGCAGACUUCGGUCUUGCCAUCGAGGUGCAGGGGGACCAACAGGCUUGGUUUGGUUUUGCAGGAACUCCAGGAUAUCUGUCUCCAGAGGUGUUGAGGAAGGACCCAUACGGCAAACCAGUCGACAUAUGGGCAUGUGGUGUGAUCCUGUACAUCCUGCUGGUGGGCUACCCUCCCUUCUGGGACGAGGACCAACACAAACUCUACCAACAAAUCAAGGCUGGUGCUUAUGACUUUCCUUCUCCAGAGUGGGACACAGUGACCCCUGAGGCCAAGAAUCUGAUCAAUCAGAUGUUAACGAUUAACCCUGCCAAACGGAUCACUGCCGACCAGGCCAUCAAGCACCCCUGGGUCUGCCAACGCUCCACUGUGGCCUCCAUGAUGCACCGUCAAGAGACUGUGGAAUGUCUCCGCAAGUUCAACGCCAGGAGGAAACUUAAAGGAGCUAUCCUCACGACAAUGCUGGUGUCCAGGAACUUUUCAGUGGGACGGCAGCAUACCAGCCCUGCCGCUACCACCAGCACGGCCGCAAUGGCACAGGAAGCGUGCAAGACUUUACUAAACAAAAAGUCGGACGGUGUGAAGUCGCAGGGAAACAGCAGUAAAAACAGUGUAGUAAGCAGCAGCAGCACCAAAGACAGCAGCAUGUCAUCUUCAGCACCAAUGGAAGCCCAGACAACUGUCGUACACAACCCAGCUGACGGCACCAAGGGCUCCACAGAGAGCUGUAAUAACACAGAAGAGGAGGACAUGAAAGGUAGGAAAGUGGCUGCUGUCUGUGUUUCCACUAGUACAGACAGUGCAGUGUUAAGCCAGUGCAGCACUGUUGAGGAGCAGACCCCGACCCUGUCUCCUCGCUGCCCACCACCCACCUCUCGUAAACAGGAGAUAAUAAAGAUGACAGAGCAGCUGAUUGAAGCCAUCAACAACGGGGAUUUUGAGGCUUACACGAGAAUCUGUGACCCUGGACUCACGUCCUUUGAGCCUGAAGCUCUCGGAAACCUGGUGGAGGGAAUGGACUUUCACAAGUUCUACUUUGAGAAUCUUCUGAGUAAAAACAGCAAGCCGGUGCACACCACCAUCCUCAACCCCCACGUGCAUCUGAUCGGAGAGGACGCCGCCUGCAUCGCCUACAUCCGCCUGACGCAGUACAUGGACAGCCAGGGCCGGCCGCGCUCCUGCCAGUCGGAGGAAACACGCGUGUGGCAUCGCCGCGAUGCCAAAUGGCUCAAUGUGCACUUUCACUGCUCAGGAGCACCGGCGGCACCGCUGCAGUGAACCGACAACCCAGGCCCAGCUUUGCCUGAACUCUAAAGCUGUUUGGAGCAUUUAUUCUCCGUGGCCGGAUCGGUACCUGGAUCCUGGCCGGGAAGAGGCUGCUUGGAAAGUUGUAAAAAAAAAAAAAACACACAAAAGAGGGGAAAAUAUAUUACCAGAAAAAUAAACCAAACCAAAAAAAAGCAAAAACAAGUAUAUAUAUCAAAAGCUUGACUGAACGACCGACCAACACCAAUCCAGUCCAAACCCUAGUUAGAUGAGGCUGGGGCCCGGCUGACGUCGGCCCCUUCUUGCAGGUGGUGCAUGUUUCUGGUGGCAACACGGGUGGUUCUGUCCUGCCCCUUUUCUCCCAUGGCCUUUAUUUCCCCCUCUUUGUUCUGUCUGCUGUCUGGAAAAGCAUUAAAAUGUUUUUAAAAAAGUUCUUUAUACAGACAUACACGUCACGUACAGAGCGAAUAGGACUGAGGGGUGGUCAAGAAUAAAAAGUGGAUUUGUUUGUGUCUGGAGGGAGCAGCCGAGUGUCGACUUUAAUAGAAGUGUUGUUUUGUUUUGCAGUUAAUGGGCGUGUGUGUGGUGGGGUUUAUGGAAACGAGGGAAUCUUAAUAUUAAAAUGUAACACCCAUUUCAAGUGUCGGGUUUGACACAAGGUUAUAAAAGGGGCUGAGGCGAUGUUACUGAAGGGACCUUUGUUCUUAUUUGGACGUUUUGUAUUGUGUCAUUAAACUGUUUGAUUUUUAUCGUCUGACUUAUGAAUUUUAAAGUAUUUUGUGUUGGAAAAAAAAAAGGAUCAUUUUUAAUCAAAAACAGGGAUUUUAUUUAAUAGAGUUGUGUAUAAAUAGAUAUUUAUAUCAGAGAGAGAGGGAAACGUGAUUUAUGUACAUGGUGCAGGGAGGAGUGGAGUGAUGGAGGGGUUUUUUCUGCUUUGAGGUCCUGGGGUGUAAAUACACACACACACGCACACACACAGGCACACACACACACACACGCACACACACAGGCACACACACACACACACACACACACACACACAGGCACACACAGGCACACACUAAUUAACCCUGUGCUUCAGGCUUUUGGGUUGAGCCUCGUCCAGGCCAGCUCAUCCUGAAGUUGCAGUCUACACUUGGUGGCGCCAAAUCCUAAAGCGCCUCACGGCACGGACACUCACACAGCAACGCCACCGUCUUAGUUGUACGUGUUUAAAUGUGUUGUUUGGUGUGAAGCAUGACUUAUGUCUGAACUAACGGCCUGAACUGUUUCUGCACAGACACUUAGAGACUCGAUGCUGUUGUGUUUCCUCGUCUGAGGGAGCGAACCUUUCUGCAACUCCAGGUUCCGCUCGCCAGAAAACGUCCCCCCCCUCCACCCGUCUGCUUCCAUCAUUCCCGCCUCUUACACUCGGCACGUGUCACCCCUGUGACCUUCACCCUCCGGCCCUGUUGUCUUCUUAGUCCCAUCGCUCCCCUCUGUGUGACGGCGAUGAUGAUGUCACCCUUAUGCCUGUCUCUUGUUUCGAUUGUGUUCUUAAGGUUUGUAUAUCGUCCGUCCUGACUUGCUGUUCUUCUGUGUGAAGUCCCGGCAUUUUUAAAAGCAUGAUAAAGGCGUAAAGGGAAAGAGGGCUACGUCGGCUCGAGGGUCGUGGGACCUUCGCUCAUGGCAAUCAGUGGAUUUGGUCCCUUUUGUCAGUUUCUGUUGUAAAAGUUGUAGUUGUUACUGUUUUGAUGUUGAUAUUUUUAUCACUUGUUUUAGCUACAACUAUAAAAAAUUGGGGGUUGAAGUGAAGAUCAACCCCCUUUUUCUUUUUUUUUUUACUCUACCUGUUGAUGCUGAAACCUUGGGGCAAAAACACUUGGUACACUUGUGUGGUUAAUCCUAUUGAAACACGUCAUUACAAAAGCACAUGAGAGCAAAGAUUCUCGCUCUGAGGACAGAACACGUCUCUGUGUCAGUGGUCAGACUGUUUUUCUUUAACCUUGUCGUAGAAACUUUGUGAGCGUGUGACUUUGUGCCAGCGCAGGGACGAGGCCUGCCGUGUGUCCCGUCUCCAUAGUAACUCACGCACCGAGGUGUCCGAUGGUCAGAAACCACAACGAUGCUUCACGUCACCACAUGUCACGUCUCUGUGUGUGCACUGACGUAGUCCAGCAGAUUUUAACGCUGUCGUAAAUCGUGUGUGUGCAUCGUCCUGCUGUAUCUUCUCUCUGAGUGUUGUGACAUAUCUGACACGCCAUUAAAACUGUGGCCCCCCCCCCCAACACUUUUUGCACCAUGACAACAAAGCGUUUUAAAAUCAGUACUGAGAUGAUGUGAUGUGUGUUUUUAUGGCUCUGGUUCUGUUUGUGCUGUGGGCUCUGGGCCUAUUGUCUGUUGAUGCCACCGAUCUGGUGAGAUGCUUUUCUUUUCCGUGUGUGUGUGUGUUGUCACGCAGUCAUGGGAAUGUUUAGAUUACAGCUCAACUUAACCUGUUGUCUAGAACUGGCUGUGUCAUCGGUUUGCCAAAGUAUUUGGAUGGUUUUAUCAAGUUGUUUGAACAGUAUGAAGACGUUCUCCAGAACCAGGGUCCCUUAAUGGACCUGAACCAUCAUUGAUAUUAACAACUACAUUUUUCCUGAGAAGACAAUUUGAAUCUGAAGAAUUGGCAACUGGUCAAUUAAUAUUUUCAUGUAUAAGAUUUUUACAAUUUAAGAUUAAAAAAUGACCCAUGUAAUAUGAGUGAUUGUCAGGUUUUUGUAUAAUCUUUAAUCUCUAAUAAUCUGAAUUUACAGUUUUUUGUUUUGGACAUUAUUUCUUGUUAAAUCUGAAUUUUUGAACUCUGAAAAAAGUUUUUAAAAUUGAAAUUACAUAAAUUCUGAACAUUAAUUUCGUACAGUAAUUGUCUCAUAAAUUGCCUGAAGUAGGACAGAAUAAACUCCUUGUUUCAGCUGCUGAGAUUUAUAUUAUGAGAAGACAAAGAUUAUUGGCCGCAGCUAAAGCAGCUCGUCCUCUGUUCUUCAUAUACAUUUUACUUUCAAACAUGCAAAUGUUUAAACAAACCGAGUUCAGAUACUUUGGCAAAUAUGAAAUAAAUGUCAGAUGAAAACAGUACGUGUGUCUGAAGUGAGGGAACAAAAAGAUUCUUGAAAAUGCUCAAAACAAAUGUUGAAAGGGGAAAAUUUAAACCACCACAAUCUUCAGCAGCCGCACUAUAUAUGCAUUUUUACAAAUGGAAGAAGUAUGCAUGUCUACUUUCUGGUCAUUUUUUUCACUGUUUACUUGAUAAAGAAAUUAAAAUCUAUGUUACUUGCAUCCUCCAGGUUAUGAAAUGGGUCCGUCUGAGGUAUUGAAAUCAAGUGAUGUUGUCUCACAUUAAAAUGCAUAAAAGAUUAGAGAAGCCUUAGCUCGUAAACCCUAACCCUCUGUAAGUAAGUUUAUUGUAUUGUAACCUGAUACUAAAGGGGCUACAUACAUCUAUACUCUGAGUUUCAAUUGGAUGCUGGAUUUUUGCAUGACCAAACAGUUAAUAAAAAUUAUACGUUUAAAACAA